ACGGAAUGAUGGAGGACCAACAGCUCCCUGGAUAAACCCUGCAGACCAAAACAACAUCACAACUCAAAUCAUGCACUUAAGGUGGGCGGAAAGAUGUAGCUGAGGAACAAACAGAAACCAAUCUUGACCUUUCACGAACUCUGGUCAUCCCUGAAAGGGGCGUGGCCUGUGGAGUACCGCCCAACAUGUCCAAGAAACCCCCCAGUGGGCGGCCCAAAGGGGAACGGCCUGAUGCCAUGGCAGCACUGCAGGCAGCCAAUGAGGAGCUGAGGGCCAAACUCACUGAAAUCCAAAUAGAACUUCAGCAAGAGAAAACCAAGGUCAGUAAGCUGGAAAGGGAUAAGUCUCAGGAGGUCCGUCGUGAGCAGCACAAGUCCACGUUGGUGGUGACUGAGUUAAAAGCCAAACUACAUGAGGAGAAACUUCGGGAGCUCCACAUUGUUCGGGAAACAGUCAGUAAGCUGGAAAGGGAUAAGUCUCAGGAGGUCCGUCUUGAGCAGCACAAGUCCACGUUGGUGGUGACUGAGUUAAAAGCCAAACUACAUGAGGAGAAACUUCGGGAGCUCCACAUUGUUCGAGAAACACUCUUACGUCAGCACGAAUCUGAACUGGUGCGGGUCAUUAAGAUCAAAGACGGAGAGAUCCAGAGACUCCAGGCGCUCGUCAGUGCCCUCCGAGAUGGAUCCACCGAUAAGGUGAAGUCUGCACUGAUGGCGGAGGCGCGAGAGGAGUGCAGGAGGAGUUUCGAAGGGGAGCGCAUGCGACUGCUGCAGGAGAUCUCCGAGCUCAAGGCGGUGAAAAGGCAGAUGGAGGAGGCGUUAAACAUGGCUGUGCAAGCCGACAAGAUCAAAGCCGCUGAGAUCCGCAGCGUCUACCAUCUCCAUCAGGAGGAAAUCAACCGCAUCAAGAGAGAGUGUGAAAGAGAGAUCCGCAGACUGAUGGAUGAGAUUAAACUAAAGGAGCGCGCUGUCUGUGGGCUGGAGAGAGAGCUCAGCGCUCAGGCGGGCCACACGUGGAAACUACAGCAGCAGAAACAGGCUGUAGACACUCAGCUGGCCCUGCUGCGAGACUCCAGCCCCAGACAAGAGGGCCCUUAUUCACCCGCUGCAGGAGACGCAGUAGAGAACACAGCUAACCCUGUAAGCACCUCUCCUUCAUUACUAAACCUCACCGCUUGCUGCACGUCUGCUUUCACUGUGCUCACCUGCUCGGAUCCGUUUUCCUCAACCCAGAUUUACCAUAGUAAAGCGCAGCAGUCAGAUGUAGCUGUGAGAGGGGCCGCCCAUGUAGUUUCACUCUGCCAUCAUGCAGCAGAGAGCAGACGGCUGAAGUUAAAGCGUCUCCGUGAAGCUGAGAGCCAGUAUAAGCCGUUACUAGACAAGAAGAGACGUCUCAGCCACAAGAAUGAGGAGCUGGUUCGUGCAUUGAGACGCAUGGAGAACAAACUGCAGUUCAUCACUCAGGAGAACAUCGAAAUGCGAGAGAAGGCUGGGACGAUACGGCGGCCCAGUUCUUUGAACGAUCUGGAUCAGAGUCAAGAAGAAAGAGAGAUCGAGUUUCUCAGACUACAAGUGCUGGAACAACAGAACAUAAUCGACGAUCUGUCCAAGGCGCUGGAAACCACUGGAUACGUGAAGAGUGUGAUAGAGAGAGACAUGCUGCUGAGAUACAGGAGACAGGACAGCCUACGCAGAAAGAAGCCCUUCAGAACCUGUAGGCCGGUGGUGGAGACGUUUUUUGGCUAUGAUGAGGAAGGCUCUAUAGACUCGGACGGCUCCUCUAUUUCCUACCACACGGACCGAACGCCCUGCACACCAGACGAUGAUCUCGAAGAGGGAAUGCUUAAGGAGGAGACUGAGCUGCGCUUCCGUCAGCUGACGAUGGAGUAUCAGGCUCUUCAGCGAGCUUACGCGCUCCUGCAGGAGCAGGUGGGAGGAACGUUUGAUGCAGAGAAAGAGGUCAAGACUCGAGAGCAGCUUCAGGCCGAACUGAUCCGGUACCAGACCAGAAUAGCAGAUCUGGAGUGUGUUCUAAGUCAUCAGGGACAGACAAAUAUGGAGACGGAGGAGACGCGACUGAAAAAUGAAAUUCAGGAUGCAAAAGAUCAAAACGAACUCCUGGAGUUCAGAAUUCUUGAACUUGAAGAAAGAGAGAGAAGAUCUCCAGCCAUAAACUUCCAGAACAUCCAUUUUGCUGAGGGCAUAAGUCCCCUACAGAUGUACUGUGAGGCAGAGGGUGUUACUGACAUUGUGAUCACAGAGCUGAUGAAGAAACUCGAUAUUCUGGGGGAUAACGCCAAUCUGACCAAUGAGGAGCAAGUGGUGGUUAUUCAUGCAAGAACAGUAUUAACAUUAGCAGAGAAGUGGUUAGAGCAAAUCGAAGUCACCAAAUCAGCGUUACAGCAGAAAAUGCUGGACAUCGAAAGUGAAAAGGAGCUGUUUAGCAAACAAAAAGGAUAUUUAGACGAGGAAUUAGACUACAGAAAGCAGUCUUUGGACCAUGCACAUAAGCGUAUCCUUGAGUUAGAGGCGAUGCUGUUUGACGCCUUGCAGCGGGAGGAGACGGGUGGGAAGGUGUCCGAGCUGCUGACCGAGCAGGACCGUGAUUCGCUGAGAGAGGCUGUGGAUCAGUGGAAGAGGCAGGUCUUGAGUGAAUUACGAGAGAGAGAUGCGCAGAUACUCAGAGAGAGGAUGGAACUGCUACAACAUGCUCAAGCGAGGAUAAAAGAGCUUGAAGAAUGGAUAGAGGCACAGAAACGACAGAUCAAGGAACUAGAAGAAAAGCCUUCAUUCUUUGGUCGUAGCUCUACCAGAAAGCAGGAAACGGUGCCAUGCGGCUCAGUGGACUCCGCUCACAGGCCUCAAGUGUUCUUCUGUACCAGAGGAGGGUGACACACGUCAUCAGGAGUCCCAGUGAUCUCUUCUGUGCUGAUACGAGACUUCAAACUGUUCACAUCAACUCUGGAACAUGGACAUGGAAUAUGGUGCUCUCUAUCUUGUGGACUAAAACUGUUUUUAUCCUCCUGACCUUUUGAACUUUGCUUUGUGUGACCUCUGUGCGUGUGGAAUUUAAGGACUCUUAAAUUGAAACGCUGUCCUUUCCCUGCUGAGCAGGUGGUGCUGGAGGCUGCUUCCCUUUGGAAGCCUGAUGGAAUGAGAGGUGUUACGUUCAAAUCCUUCCUCCCACUGUUUACACUCACUCUGCUUCGGUUCUGGUGGUACAGUGCGUCUGGUGUUUGCGUGGUGGCACUCGCCCGCUCCUGUGCAUUGAGAGAAAUGGAACUGAAAGUUUAAUCCUGGAAUUAAAAUUAUGUUUUCUAAUGUACAGGAGCAGUGUUUCAAAUAAAUUUCUCAGAGGAAGACUGGAAAACUAAGAGGACGUUUCUGCGUCUUUUACCGUUCAUUGAAAAGAAAGCGGCACAGUGGAUUCUGAGGUGCAGAAGUUUUGAUUCUGAACAGAUUCUGAACAGAAACUCAAUGUAAGGUAAGCUUGAUUUGUU